UCUGAGAUUCUCGUUUCGUUUCAGUUUGAAAUGGACGCUCAGCUGCUUUCGCUCGUUCGCGCUUCCAAGACGCCCCUCGCCGUCCACCAGCUGCGCUCCAUGCUGGCGCGGCCAUCGUCCCCACAACAGCCAGAAGACCGCGAGACCAAGCGCCCGCGACUCUCUCCCGCUGCAAAGGACGACGAGGCGGCAGAACCGACACAAGCGGACGUCCUCGACGCUGUGCAGCGCCUCUGCGAGCAAAGAGCAAUAGAGCACAAGCUUGUUUCGGAAAACCCGCGUUUAGAGCUCGUUUGGAGCGCGCUGGCGGUCUGGCCAACACUCGCAGUCGCAACCAUCGAGCCUCUGCCAUCAGCACCUGCAAAAGAGACCCCAAUGGACACGGCUUCUGCGGAACACAGCCAAGAGGCGGCAGUGCAAGAUUCAGGCAAGGCAACCACUCCCACACGACCGACAAUCUCAACGCCCAGCAAGACCACGCCCGGCUCGCGACACCGGCAAUUCAAGCGCCCUGGUGCGUUUGUCUCGCCCAUGUCUGCAAAACCCGUGUCUCGAGAGACUGUCGUUUCGAACGUCAAAAGUAAACAUGCCGAGCUUGAGGCGGUUGAGCGGGAACUGGCGCAGCUGGAUGGCGAAUACUCAAUCCAAGAACUCCAAGAUCAUAUCACCAAGUUGCACGAGUACAAUGAGAUCAAGGAUGCUGGCCAGAUUGUGUUGGGCCGAUUGGCUGAAAUCCGCAACGUCACCACGAAGGCCAUGUACGCCGAGUUUGAGUUGAGUUUGGAUGAUUGAAAACGCUCUCUGUUCUUGUUGUCAUUAAAGCACCACUUUCAGGUCUUUUUGAUGUGGUUGUCAAGUCACCUCGAUGACACCUCGAUGAGUGAA